GAGCUUAACUAACCCAUUGAAUUCUUGAUGAUACCCAAAGCUAAUAUUAGAAUAUUCAAUCCAGCGUCACUGACUAAUUUUCAAUGGAGAGCAUUCAGCCAAACCGCACACUACUUUCAAAAUCGGUGGUUGGAGCUGGACCGGCCGGUUUUUAUGUAGCACACCAUUUAUUGAAUAAAAGCUCACCCAAAGAUCAAUUCAAAUUGCAUGUUGACAUUUUCGAUAGGCUUCCUGCUCCUUAUGGAUUGAGUAGAUAUGGUGUUGCCCCAGAUCACCCUGAAGUUAAAAAUUGCGAGGAAUAUUUAGAUAAUUUAAUGGCAAAGUUUUCACCAUCGGAUGAAGAAAAUCACCAGGUAAGAUUCUUUGGGAAUGUUAAUAUCGGUGAGGAUAUUAACCUUGUUGAUUUACAGAAAAAUUAUCAUUCAAUAGUCUUGUCAUAUGGCUGUACUAGCGCAGAUAAUCAAUUAAAAAUUCCUGGUAAUGAAUUACCAGGAGUGAUAUCUGCUCGUCAAUUUGUCAACUGGUACAACGGGCAUCCAGAUUGUGAUUCCAACCAUUUCACUCCUCCAGAUCUAAGUAAAAUAGAAGACGUAACUAUUGUUGGUAAUGGUAAUGUUGCACUUGAUGUUGCCAGAGUUCUUUUGGCUGAUCCUGAUUCACACUGGAACCCCACUGAUAUUUGCUCUAGGGCAGUCAAAGCUCUUCGUAAUAGCUCAGUGAAAAACGUCAAUAUCAUGGCAAGAAGGGGUUUACUUGAGUCUGCUUUCUCUAAUAAAGAAGUAAGAGAAUUAUUAGAAUUAUCAAAAAAAAAUAAAGUAAAAUUCAUUCCAGUUGAUGAAAAAGUCAUGGACGAAAUCCAACCAUUCGUUAAAAACUUGGGCAGAGUUGAUAAGAGAAAAAUUGGGAUCUUAGAAAAGUAUUCUAAGCAAUCAUCAGAAAGUGCUCAACUGGACCCUGAUACUAAAACUUGGUCCUUACAAUACUUAAAGAGUCCUAUUGAAUUUGUGAAAAAUCCAAAUGAUGAUAACUUGUUAGCCGCAACUAGAGUCAGGUUAAACACUUUAAAACAUGAUACACUUACUAAUAAAACUUCUAUAGUUUCUUCAGAAGAAGCUGCUAUUGAAACUGUUAAAAAUGAGUUAGUGAUUCUUUCAAUUGGAUACCAAGGAUCACCUUUGACUGGGUUCGAUGAUGUAGAUGUUUCAUUUGAUACCCAUCAAAAUAGAUUAUUAAACCAUGAAGGUCGUAUAUUAUUAAAUGAAACUGGCGGUGAAAAUCCCCAUAAUUUUAACUAUAAAAAAGGUUGGUAUACAGCGGGCUGGAUUAAAAAGGGGCCAAAAGGUGUUAUAGCUACGACGAUGAUGGAAUCAUUUGAGACUGCUGAUCAAAUUUUAGAAGACCUUACUAAUGAUGUGCAUACUUCGGCUUCUUCAAAAACAGAUGUAACUGAGUUACUUCAAAAUACAGAAUAUGUUUCUUGGAAUGGUUGGACAAAAUUAAGUGAACAGGAGAUAGAAAUUGGAGAAAAAUUAGGUAAGACUAGGGAAAAAGUUGUCAACACUAGCGAAAUGAUUCAAAUUGCUAACAAUUGA